AUGGCUCUUGAUUCCCUCCCAAACCCAACAAAUGAAGCAACUUUAAAUUUUUGGGCUCCCUCCAACAACAUCAUCUCCUUGAACAAUAAUAACCAGCUUACCAUAACCAACUACCAAUCUUGGCAAUAUCAAUGGGAAACAGUAAUUACUUCCUAUGAUUUUCUUCCGUUUAUUAAUGAACCCCCAUCAACCACAGCUAUCUCUGUCUAUAAACGACAAGACCAUCUCAUUAGAAGUUUCAUGGUUGCAUCCCUCUCACCAGAAAUUAUACCCUUUGUUACUGAUAAUAAAACUUCUUAUGCGCUUUGGCACAAUCUUGCCACGACUUAUACAAAACCGUCACAUUCUCUCAUAAUGAGUUUGCGAGAAGACUUGAAUACUAUUCAAAAGGGAAAUCUCUAUAUUACUGUUUACUUCAAGAAAAUCAAAGAGAUUUGCACCAAGAUUGCUUCCAUUGGUGUUCACAUCUCCGCUGAUGAUGUUUUUCUUCAUGUCGUACAAGGCCUUUCUUCCGAGUAUGAUAGCAUUGCCUCUGCACUUCGUGCUCGUGAAACAGCCAUAACCUUUGAAUAG